GAGUGUUAAAAAUGGUUUGUCAUUUGAUACAUUCUGGGCUAAAUAAAACACUUUGUCCUCAUUGGCAUAGAAGGUGUCAACACCGUGAGUUGCCAAUCCUGACCACUCAUCGAAGCGCUGUCUUUGAGAGUGAAAGAUGUCAUCCAUCUUUCCAGCUGAUAAAGCUGUUAAUGGAUCACCUCCAUCUUGUGAGCACUCUUCUGACUUGAUUGGUCUAGGCCAGGAUGGAUGUGUGACCCAGGGUCAGGAGCAGAUGUUGGGCUCUGAACUUGGUCUCAUGGAGAUGACAGACAAUGAAUGUUCACAUCUUCAGCACCUUAUCCAAGCACACAUGGAGGUCCAUGCUGGACCUUUAGAAGAGCCAGAUGCCAGACCUCAUCCAGCUACAGUGAUGGUUAAAGAAACCACUGGUUCUACAGUGAUUUAUCCCCUCAUGUCUACUCAAGCCAUUGAUUUGUCAACUUCCAGCGAUGACUACAGUCUGGUGAUGUCAGGGGAGAAGACACCAGUCACCUAUGGGGAUGUUCCAAGUUUUGUGCUAGCCAGAAUCAGAGAUGAAGAAAGCCUGACUGAACCACCUGCCAAAAAGGUGAAAUCUUCACAGUAUCGAUCCAGAGUAGCUGCUAGAGUUUGUCUGGAGAAAAGAUUUGACAGCAUGUGUGCUGAAACCACACCUCAAGACAUUCACUCUGCUGUUCUCAACAAUUUUUUGACCGCACUUCAAUAUAGGGCAGAGGCUCAGGAAGUGGUCAUGCAUCCUCAAAAUCAGAAGCGGAUGAAAAAUGAGAAAGCAAAUCCUUUUGAAGUUUCUAGCUCAUAUGUUGCGGAUACUUUUGACCAAGUAACCAACAUUUGCAGUCAGGUUAUUGCUAAUAUGGUUGUACCCAACAAACCUCAGAGUUUAAUCAUGCCCAAGAGUUUUUCCUUCAAUUUUCACUCAGAGAGUCCUCAAACGGUCUAUGCCAACAGCAGCAUCCCUAGAACAGAGUUGGUUAAAAUGAAAACGAAUGUGACAAAACCUGCUCGAUCUUCUGUGCCACUCAGCCAGCGCAGGGAGAGACACAACAGCAAGGAGAGGGAGCGCAGGAAGAGAAUCCGCUUGUAUUGUGAUGAGCUGAACACAAUGGUGCCGUUCUGUAACUCUGAUACCGACAAAGCCACCACCCUGCAGUGGACCACGGCUUACCUGAGAUACAUCAAUAAAACAUAUGGAAACACCUUCAACGAGGAGUUUCAGAAGGUCUUCACUCGUGGGAGAGGAGGCUUUCUUAAAUCCAUCUUUUCUCCAGCUCAGCUUCUAAUUAAUCAAGAGAUGGACGAGACACUGAGCAUUCCUCUUGCAGCUGAACAAUGAACUCCUCUGCCUUUAAAAAUUUACUGACAAUACAAGCAUUUUAUUUGAACCUUAAAACGUCUGCCUGAGCCUGUGAGGCUCUGCUGAGAAGGUUUUACAUUUUUUAUGCCAAAAAACGUGUCUUUGACUACUUUAGAGUGUCUCAGGAAGUGGAUGGUUUUCAGUACCAGACUGUUUCAUGCUCAGAAAUGUCUUUGCAGCUGAAUGUGAAGAACACAUUGUCACAAUAUUUGAACUGGCGUACUAUUUCUUCUGGCAGAUAUACAAGACAGUUUAGGAGGAGAGGUUUUUUUACACAGGUGGUGCUGUUUCCCUUUUAAAAUGCAGAGGCAAUUAAAUAGGCUGAUAGUUCAGGAAUAUUUGCAUCUUUUAUAACUGAUGCUCACUGUUUUUUGGAAUAGUUUUUCUCUACUAAAUGUUCUUAAGCUCACUACAUUCCUGCAUCUCGUCUUUAUUUAUUGAGUAAAGCAAGAAAAAUGUGAUUGUAAUUGAUGAGGUUAUUUGACUAUUCUGAAGUGCACUGUUCAUUUGAUGUGUAGAGAAGAGUAAUGUUUUACUGAAAAGUGGCUUUAUUUGUUCUUUCUUACAACAUGUCGCUGUAGCAUCUUACUGUACAUACAACAGUCACCCACAAAUAAUAAAUAGUA